AUGGCGACGCCGGCGCGGUGGGCGGGCCUCGUCACAGGGCGGGGCGACAAGGACGAGGUCAAGUGGGAGUACUUCGUCGAGCUCGACAAGGCCUCGAAGCGCCUCGCGAUUCUCCUCGACUGGAAGGAGAACAAGGCGAACGGCUACCGCCUCUCGGUUCUCGACGACGCAAAACUCGAGGCGUUCUCCCAAUGGCUCGACGGCUACCUCGCCGAACAGAACGUCGACGGCCUCUCCAGCUCCGAGGUCUGCCUCUCCAACAACCGGAUCACUCACGUCGGUCUCGACCACCUCCUCACGACGCUCAUUCGCAGGAAAGUGGGAUGCCGCAUCAUGAAACUCUACAGAAACAACAUCUCGGAUCCAGGCAUGGUCUGUUUGUCGCGAUACAUUUCGGCGACGCGGGAGCCGCUGCACGAGUUGCAUCUUUCUCACAACAAAAUCACUGCUCGUGGCGCGGCAACGCUGCUGCGGGCGUUGGCGGCGCACUCCGGGUACCCGCGCGUGGGGCGGAAAGGCAAGCUGGUGCCGCUCUGGCUGCGGCUAGAGCAGAACGAAAUCACGCAAGUGAACAAGUUGAUGGUGUUCAUACACUCCAAGGGCGUGGCCUUCUGCACAGAGAAGAACCGAGACCUCUGCGGCCCGAGCAAGUGCCGACACGCGACGUCCACGUGGAGUCCCCUCGUGCACCUCUACGUGAUUGACCACCAAACGCACGAGUCGGGAGGCAGUCUUCUCAUCCCAGACGUCGGGGCCCACGCCGUGUCGCGACAAGCGCUGAUUGCGGCCGAUGAAGGCGAGAAGGAAAAGAAGGAAGAGAAGCAGGAGGACAAGAAGGAAGAGAAGAAAGAAGAGAAGAAGGAGAAGACUGCUGAGCCGAGGAAGAGCUGCUGGCUGACGAGAAACGAGGCGGUGCUGGGGAGUGCGAAGGCGCGCGAGGAUGAGAAGGAGAAUCGCGACGGCGACGCGGAUGAAGAGAAGAAGGAGGCGGCCGAGUCACGUCCAAAGAAAAAAGCGGAGAAACCAGGGGCGAGCACUGAGCUCGACGGGUCCGGCGACAAGAAGCGGAGCACUGCAGGCAGUGCGUCCUGGGGAAAGAAGCGAGACAAGGAAUCCGAGGAAAAGUUACCUGCCCUCGAUGCGACAGACCACGCCUCGUGGCCAGAUAUCCGCAGCGGCAGUCUCCGUCAGAGCCGCGGCCAGCGGGGAGGCGCCGCCGCGCCGGACUCCGCGAGCGCGCAUGCAGAGAGGGAGACGAAAGCGUCGCCGUCAGUUGCCGAGCGGUCUUCUUCGCGAGGCCGACCCAAACAAGGCGACGAUCGGCCGCGUGGAGAGUGCGACCGUCGCGAGGCAAGAGCCAGUGGAGCCUGUCCGACUCCUGCUCUUUCGACGACAACUGCACCGUCGACUGCACGGGAGGACGGCGCUGCGGCCGCCCUCGAUGCGCGAGUGUCUUUUGGGACGGCCCAGCCGCUCUCUUCCCUUGCGUCUCCCGCAGUUGCGCCUCUUCUCUCCGCAGGCGACGCUGAUGGUGCGUCUCAGCGCGGCGCGGCCGACGCCUCGGACGGGAAGUCCGAGUGCGCGCUAUCUCCGGCCCCAGCUUCGUCUCUCUCCUUCUCCUCGCUGGGCGAGAGACGGGGCUCUCUGGCCGCGACUACCACGGCAUCGGCGCGGGGCGAGGGCGAGGGCCGCUCGAGGUCGGGACAGAGACAGGAGAGUCAAGGCUCGCAGGACUCCGAGCUGCGCGGGACCGACGACUUCCUCCGGGGCGGCGCGGCGCCACCCAGCGAGGAGACAGGAGACCGUCUGGCGAGACGCGAGAGAGACGGUCGCCGCGACCCCCGCGACCGCGAAGACCAACGGGACAGAGAGAGAGAAGGAGAGGACCGGACGCGGGAAGCGCGAGACGCCGAGAGACACGGAGACGCUGCUUCUUCGGGGUUUCCGGAGCCUUCACUGCGCGACCGUCUCCCGGCGGUCUCUCCCGACGCAGAACAAAGUCAAGGCUCCUUCCCUCAGUCGGGCACGAGCGAGGCGAGAGCCGAGAGAGAGGACCCGCGGCCGCGCGGCCCUGGAGGUCGCGACGCGUCCGCGCCGUGCGAAACCCCGAGCAGUCCUCUUGCCUGUGGCGAGCCGGCGCAGCAGGAAGUAUCGCCUGGGGUCGACACCUGUCCCUUCCCGCCUCUCUCUUCGUCCUACGCUUUCUCAUCGCCGGCGUCGCGCGUGCCUCCGUACUCGCGAGGCUGUGUCUCCAGCGCAGCGUAUGACAAAGCAGAGAAUGAGUACCCAGACGCUCAGAGACACGACGCGUUGCGCGACGGUGGCGGGCAGGAAACCGGCCGAGGCGACCUGCGUUUUGCUGCUUCGGCGUCUCCCGCGCACCUGGACGACGCGCACGUGAGUGGGCCUGGACGCAGUGGCCCGGGGCAUCCCCUCAAGGAUGCGAGCGAGCGAGGUGGGCUGGAGGAGCGCAGAAAGGGAGCGCCGGAAGUCAACGGCGUGACGCGUGGUUCGAACCUGCCGUACGAGGAAAGAGAGAACCGGGAAAACGUCGGGUUUUCGAGUUCGUGUCUGAGCCGACGCGCCAGUCAAGGCCGCAGGGAGGCUUCGCCUCCGUUCCACGCGCGGGCUGAGGCGCCCACGGACGCUCGCACGGCGUUCUACGGGGCGUAUCCACUGGAGCCACCGGGUCUCGAGACUGCGGGGGCUGCAGGGCGUAGGCGCAGCGCGGCCAAGGGGAACCUGGCGAUGCCUGAGAUGGAAGGCGCAUACGGGUCGGCGGUCGGCGUGUCGAGCGCGAAUGCGGAGAGCUACGCGCCUGCGCAGUUCGAGGCAGGCCUGCCGUUCCCUGCGUAUGCGAGACGAGACGGGCGCGAAGGCGAUGCGCGGUCGUGGCGAGGAAGCGAGAGAGAAGAGAAGAAGCGGACGCUGUCGGAUGUCUUCGCGGCGCUGCCCCCGGAGGCCCAGCAAGCUGCUGCAGACGCGUUUGCGAGCGAACUCGCUGCGCGGCGAGAAGCGGAGAGGUCGCGAGGCCGCGAGGGCCAGGACCCGGCCAAGACCGAGGCCGAGGCGGCGCGUGCGGCCUUUUUGUCUGUCCUCGCACAGGCCUCGUUCGAAGAUCGAGGAACGUCCGCUUCUGGGGAGACCCGCGCGCCUCCGCCAGAGCGCGACCUUGCAGAGCGCGGGUACCCUCCGGCUUCUGUGUCGCCGGAGUCUCGUGCGGGGCUCUCUUCCGGGCCCUUUGCGGUGAGUUCAGGCAACGACGGCGAGGCGACUGGCGCGUUGCCAGUGGGGUCUCGCCUCUUUCCGGAUCACGGUCGGCGCGACGACCGCGGCGGCGGCAGGUCGGCGCGAGAAGAGACGCUGGAGAAAGACCCGCGGGGAGAGACUGGCCUCGACGGUCGACUCUCCGGCAGGCAGGGACUUCCCCCGGAGGCAUCCUCCCGGUCGCGCCAUCCGUUUCCCUUGCUCGCGCCGGGGCCUUCCCAGAGUGGGGGCCCGCGGCCACUCGAGCCGUGGUGGGGAGACGGCGAGUUCGACGCGCGGCGGGGCGCCGAGAAGGCGGACCCUUUCUCGCCGUUCUUCUCGAGAAUGCGAGACCAGGAACGGCGAGAAAGCGAGGACCUACUCCCGUCGCUCUCGUCGCUCCUGACCCCGCAGACGCAGGGGUCGGCGUUCUACGGGCUGCAGCGGGGCGCCGGCGAGGGGAUGCGCGAAGCGACUGAGGCGAAGGCGCACGCCUACGCAGUCGGCUCGUGGGGCGGCCCUCACGGCGAAGGCCGAUUCGAUCCACGCGCAGGACGCAGCGCGUACGCGAGCGGUCUCUUUGAGAAGAGUGACGGCUCCAAGGGCGGGCGAGAAGAGAGUCUCCGCCUCGAGUUCUCGCUCUCGAGCGCCGAGGGCAGAAGCAACGCCCACCUACGGGCUGCUCCAGGCAGUGGGUUGCAGGGACAGGACAGCAUGCAACUUCCGUCCUCGACCUCGUCGUUUCCCUUCUCGUUUUUCCCCGAGGCGUCUCCCGCGAUCUACGCCGGUUCCCAGCAGCGGCGCGUCAGCGGUUCCAGUCAAGCGCCGCCUCUGGGAGGGAAGCGAGACGACUUGCGCGCCGGCGACCUGCCAGGCUCACUCUCUCUUGCGCAGAGGCAACAGGAGACAGGGCGAUCAGCUGCCUUCUCGCCCGUCAUUCAGCCUGCGGCGCCAGGGCGGGGCCCGACUGCGUUCUCGACAAAAUCUGCCUUUCCUGCCUUCUCCGAAAGUGACUAUGUCUCGCGCCUGAAGGCCAACACCCAAGGACCCCACAUCGCCCACAACACCCAGAGCGAGGGUGACGAUCGGAGACUGCCGCAAGGCCCUUCGAGUCCGGACGACAGCCGGCUCGCGGCACGGGCUGCCGGCCCCUUUCCUGCGCUCUCUGCGUCUGUGCAUUCUGUUCCCCAGGAUGCGUUUGCCUUCGCGCCGCUUCCGGGCCGGAAGGACGCGUCGCCCUCUCCGCCCCUCUACCGCGGCUACUCCGACUCGCUGUCGAACGGCCUCGACGGCGAGGGCGCCGCCGGAAGAGGCGACGGCGUUUCGGCGUAUCGGCGCGAAGGCGAGGAGGGCCGUGCGGCCUUGUCGCUCUUCGCGGCGCAGUUUCUGCAGCAGAACUCGGUGUCCCGCGGCUUGGCCUCGCCGGGUGCGCCGGCCAGCCGCGACCGCGAGGAAGAGCGCGAACGCGAACGCGCGGGAGAAAACGAGAGAGAAGGCGAGAGAGAAGAGGUGGCUUUCCUGCGCCUGCUGCGUGGGCGUCACGGCGAAGGGGACGGUGGAGUCUACGGGGCGUCUGCCCGAGCCGAAAAGGGGCGAGAAGGCCCGUUUCCGUCUCUCGCCUUCGACGUGCGAGGAGUCGGACAGGAGCCACGAGGCCACAGAUCUCCCGAAGGCUCCCGGCUGCAUUCGCGGGGCGACGCCGACGCGUACGAUGAGGCGCGCGGGAGAACUCCAGAGGACGAAAGGAGACGCUUUUUAGGGUCUUCUGCGCACGCGCCUUCCCAGCUGCUCUGGGCAGCUCAGAAAGAGAGGGACCAAGGCUUUCCUUCCCUCCGUGGCGAGGCGGGCGACGCGCGCGAUUUCUUGCGAGACAACUGGCCAAAGUCGGAGAAAAACGCGUCUUUCUUUUUCAACGCCGCCUUGGGACAUGACGGGGUCUCGCGAGGUUUCGACCGCGUGCCGGUGUCGAAUGAAAAUGCUCACAAGAGUGCAGGUGCGCGCAGUGCAUACGCUUUCGACAGCUCGGCAAAUGCGUAUGCGGCUGGAGGCAUGGGACUUCUGGAGCGCGAAGGCCCUGUGGGGCGGGAGCGAGAGAGAGACACCGCGAAGGAAAGAGACAGCGGGUGUGAGCGCGCCCGGAAAGCUGGCGACGCAUUCUUUUUCGCCUCCCUCUCGGGGUCUCCCGCGACGUUCCACAGCGCGAACGAUCUGCCUUCCCGAGACAUCCAUUACAUGGAGCAGUAA